AUGGUGCACUGUGAGGUGGGAUCAGGGAUUACUGCUAGUUUCUGGCAUGAUAACUGGACUUCCCUUGGUACGCUGAUUGAGCUAGUGGGGAAGAGAGGACCGCAGAUAACCGGCCUGGGCAUUAAUGCAGUAGUGGCGGAGGCGUUAACUAAUAAUGGCUGGUGGUUGGAUCGUAGCAGAAGCAGGAGUCCUACGAUCUUGCUUAUUAAGUCUUGUUUACCGAAUGCGCAGGAGAUUAUAGACUCGGAGGUAGAUGAUACCUAUGUGUGGUACCCGGGAGCAGAUCGUGGCUCAGGUAAUUUCUCUACGAGUGAGACGUGGAGAGCCUUGCAUCCUUAUCCAAUAGAAUUGUUUUGGCAUAAGGCUGUGUGGUUUACUGAUAGAAUUCCGAAGCAUGCUUUCGUGGCGUGGGUGGCGGCUCGGAACAGAAUGGUAACGAGAGAUAGGCUUAUUGGAUGGGGUCUCACGGUUCCUUCCAAUUGUGUUCUCUGCUCAGGGCACGAUGAGAGUCGACAUCACUUAUUUUUCGACUGCUCCUAUAGUUCUCAGGUCUGGACUUUCUUCCUAUCUCGAUUGCAGCUCACUCCGCCUCAAGGCUUUGAGGAUGUGUUGCGUUGGCUGCUAGCGCCGUCGCGUGAUAAGAACAUGGUUUUGAUAGUAAGAUUAUUUCAUCAAGCAACUUUGUAUUUAGUUUGGAAAGAAAGAAAUAGCAGAGUUCAUAACUCGGUGGAGAAGCCUCCAGGGGUUAUUAUUGCAGAGAUUCAACAGAUUCUGAGACUCAGAUUGGAUCCGGUGGCUCGUAGACAGACACUUUUGCCAGGCCAACCUUCGGUCUUGGUUACUUGGUUGUCUUUUUUUGCACUUUAG